AUGGCUGGAAAUGCAUUUGUACAGUGCCGACCACAACAAUCGCCGGUCGUUACGAACCCGUGCAAUCCUUCGCCAUGUGGACCGAACAGUCAAUGUCGUGAAAUCAACGGGCAAGCCGUGUGCUCGUGCGUUCCGGGAUACAUUGGCAGUCCUCCGACAUGUCGACCGGAAUGCGUUGUAAGCGCUGAGUGCCCUCAGAACCAGGCUUGCACCAACCAAAAAUGUCGAGAUCCAUGUGUGGGAACUUGCGGCGUAGGAGCCAGGUGCUCGGUUGUCAACCAUAACCCAAUCUGCAGCUGCCCUGAAAGAUUCACGGGCGAUCCGUUCGUUCGCUGUCAGCCAAUAAUCGAGCCUCCUGUCCAAAUGACCCCACAAAAUCCAUGUCAACCGUCACCUUGUGGUCCGAACGCUCAAUGUCGCGCUGUGGGUGAUUCUCCAUCUUGUACGUGCAUAGAAGGCAUGAUAGGUGCUCCGCCUAACUGUCGCCCGGAAUGUAUCAGUAACUCUGACUGUUCCAACAACCUGGCAUGCAUCAGACAAAAGUGCCAAGAUCCGUGUCCAGGAGCCUGUGGAGCCAACGCGGAAUGUAGAGUUGUUACGCAGUGUAGGGAACAAAAUGGAGCAGGAGCAUGUACCUGUGUAGAGGAUCACUUCGGCAACCCCUACGAAGGAUGUCGUCCAGAAUGUGUUCUCAACUCGG